GGGUCACGGGUGCUGGGCCUCGGCCCGAUCCCUGGUGCGGGACUGGGCCCCGGCUGGGCCCGGGAUGCAGUGUCGAGACGGGCGUUGUCGCCCAAGCCUGGCACCAUGGACAAACACAUCACUCCGGGGGAGCUGCUGUGUCUGGGCUCCAGCCUUGCCUUCUCUGGCCUCUUCUACUACCUGUACAGGAGGAAAGCCAGAGUCGUGGAACGCAUACAGGAGGCCCCAAAGCUCCAGGUCGAUGACAAUUUGCCAGCCCUGGUGUCUGCAGCUGAGGGGAGGUGCCUGCCUUACGUUGCCCUGGAAGGCAUAGUGCUGCCAGCGCAGGCUGCACUGACCAGCCACUACCAUGAGGGGCUUCAGGGCGUGAUCCAGAAACUGCUGCUGAAGGAGCAUCGGCUGAUCUGGAACAGCUUGGUCCGAAGCUGGAGCGAGAGCGAGCGGGUGCUCUCAGAGCAGAUCUACACUGUUCCCUUCCUGCUGGCCUCACCAGUCCCUGAGGCAGUGACACAGGUGAGUGUGGACAGCCCGCUCCAAGCUGUCUGCCUGCCCCUGGAGAUGGUGUACGAGCGGUUCCAGCAGCCAACCCACGGCCUGCGCGACCUGUUGGGCCAGUACCUGAUCGGGGAGAAGCCCAAGGGCAUCCUGGAGACGGAGGAGAUGCUGCGGGUGGGGGCCGGGCUGACGGGCAUUGGGGAGCUGUCCCUGCACCCCGAUGGCUCCCUGCACCUCCAGCCGCCCGCCCAGGGAGGCGAGUUUUUCCUGUGCCUGGGGGACUGGCAGACGGUGCUGUCGGAGCUGGAGGCAACCAGCGGGCUCUGGAAGGGGGCAGCGCUGCUGUGCGCGGCAGCGGGGCUGGCUGUCCUCCUGCACGCCCUGUGCCGCGCCUACCGCCGCUCCCGCCCCAGGCAGCACCAGGAGGACAAGGAGCCGGAUGGGGAGGAGGCUGGGGACCAGGCGCCCGAGGACUGCUGUGUGAUCUGCCUGUCGCGGCCCCGCGAGUGCGUCCUGCUGGGCUGCGGCCACAUCUGCUGCUGCUUCCGCUGCUUCCAAGCCUUGCCCACCCGCCUCUGCCCCAUCUGCCGGGGACCCAUUGACCGCGUGGUGCCCCUCUACCAGAAGGACCCCUCUAAACAUGACGGCUUGGGGAAAAUCUACAUGACACCAGAGCUGAGGAACUGAGACCCCAACUCCACACCGGGGCACUGCUUUGGCUGCCAGCUAUUGGACUUGUGUCUUUCUGAGCCAUGACCUCCCAAAAGCCACGCAGGACUUCUCCCUUGUGGUUUUUUCCCAGCGUGUGGAUUUACGGGGAGGAUUAUGAGGGCAAGACCAGGGCUGGUGGGACACAGCAGGCACAGUGGAGUGGCAGAGACCCAAACCCCCCUGACCCACUGCAGUGAUAUACCUUGGUGCCACCUUUGUCCUGCCACCCCAAUUCAUGUGCCUAUAGCCACUGCCCAGAUGAAACUGGGGAUGCCCAGGGGCUGGCAGUGAUGAGUCCCUUUGCCAGCUGCUCUAUCACCACGACAGGGGCUAUGUCCCUCUGUCACUCUCUGCAAGGAGAAAAGCUUUAGAGUGCCACAGAGCUUGCCCUCGUGUCCAGCCCAACUGCACCCAGCUUUCCUGCUCAGCUCCUGGACAGGACCGGGUGUGGGAAUGACUUGCAGUGGUGUGUGGAGUGAUAAAGCCAAGGAGCC